AUGGAGACCGACACUGUCAUCGUCGGCAAUGGGCCGUCGUCCAUGAUCCUGUCAUACAUUCUUCAUGGUCACAUUCCGUUCUACUCGCGGAACCCCCCGCAUCCAGAUUCUCUGCUCGAUUCCAAGUUGCAGAACAACCCCAACCUACUAAAUGCCGACGUCGACGCGCUUACCGCGCAUUUCGCGGCUUCUCGGUUAUCCUACUCUACCCAGGCUCUACCAGUGAAUGUCCUGCUGGAUACCCUGGUGCGACCGAGCGUCGAUGUCGAUGAAUCCGGCUCCACGUCAAAUAUCGAGUGGCGGCAUGUGCCUGAAAAGGCCGUCUCCCACCUCGUAUUCGGCGACGCGCCUCGUCCGGGAGGUCAAUGGACCGAGGAUCCUCACGGGGCGAGCUGGGAUAUUCAGACUUUGAGUUAUGCGGCCAUGUUAUCCUUGCCGGGCUACUCGUUUGCCGAUCAUCACCGACAGGCAACUGGUCAGGAUCUACCACCAUUUACCCGACCGACCAGACGUGAGAUUGCCGACUACUUCCAGGCUUACCCCGCAGCCGUCCAUGUCGAUGAUGUCUUUCGAUGUGGUGAACAACUGAGUGGCAUCUCCCGCACCGCGGACGGGUUCUUUAUACAAUCUCACAACCUCCACUGCAAGCGAUUGGUGCUCGCAAGUGGCAUUUUCUCCGAGAUUCUUCCACCUCCACCCAUGCUACAACCACUACUUCAAACACAGAUCACGCCGGAUGUACCUUUACUGGUAAUUGGGUCUGGAUUUUCUGGCGCGGACGCUAUCAUUUCUGCAUCAAAGAACCAGAAGAUUUUGCAUGUCUUCAAAUGGUCUCCCGAAGAUCGCCCGUCACCACUUCGGGGUUGUCAUCAACAGGCAUACCCAGAAUAUGCGGGUGUAUAUCGAUUAAUGAAGAGGGCUGCCCUUGCAGCCGCAUCAGAAGGUAAAAGCCAGCGGCCAAAAUACCGCCGUGGCACUUCGACAGGCUUUUUGGAAAGCCGCAAUUGGGACGAAGUGUAUGAGGGGUUGUCCAAUGUUGAAAUCAUUGAUGUGAAGACGAAAGAUGACAUGGCCGAGGUCACCUUCCGUCGACAGGACGGUUCCACCUUCUCACGGCCCGUCCGGGGCCUCGUGUACGCAGCUGGUCGGCGAGGUACUCUGUCCUAUCUCGACUCACAACUUCGCACGGAGGUACUAGGCCAUGACAAGGUGAACAACGUAGCCAUCUCAGGCCAAACACUCCGGGCGAAAGCACUUGAAGAUUUGGAAGUCGCCCCGGAUGUCUAUAUCAUCGGUAGUCUGACGGGCGAUUCACUAGUCCGCUUUGCAUACGGCGGCUGCGUGGCGACCGCAGGGCAUCUACUGGGUAGCAAGGACGGUGAGCGAGAAUCACGAAGCAUAUGUAGCAGCGUGGUCUCAACAAGACCGCAAUCCGCAUCACUACAAGUGAUGAAUGGAAUGGACGGUCAUCAUAUCUACCCAGCCAAUGGGACUGAUUUGACUCGAGAGGAUACCUUGAGCAAAGUCUCUACGGCCCCCGCACCGACGACUGUACAGAGCUGGUGGACAACGAUAGUGCAUUUGUGGAGGGACUUGACACAAUAG